AUGUCUCUGUCCAUAAUACAGCCAAUGAUUUGUGGGUAAGCUUUUUCGGGAAGGUUUGGGAUCUUACAUAACUUGUCUAAGAAAAUAUUUCAUCGAAACUAUGCGAACCAUUAAUCAAAAUAGCUGGAAGUGAUAUAUCUUAUUGGUUUGAUAAAUAAACGNAAUGUGUAGUACUAUGGUCCAAUCCAAAUGGGAACUCCAAAUUAGUAGUUAAGUGUAAUAUUUGAUACAGGCUCCCCAUACCUUUGGGUUCCUAGCGAUAAAUGCACACUCUUAAAAUGUCACCUGAGUAAGAGAUUUUAUACUUAAAAAUCAACAACCUACAAGAACUAUUCAUAAUCGGAUGAAAUCGAAUAUGCCUCAGGAAGUUGCAAGGGAUUUUGGGGUUCAGAUUAUGUAUAAUUAUUGGGAGAUAGUAACACAAGAGUAUUAACAAAUAUUUUAUUCACUUAUUAUGAUUCUGGAUUCGAUGCAGUAUAAUCUGAUGGUCUAUUGGGUUUAAGCAAUGAGAAAGAGAUAGACAAUAUAUUCGAUUUAGCAUAUAAAGAAGGUAAUAUAAAAUCGAACCUUUUUGCAAUGGAACUUAAAAGUAAAGAGGAAUAAUCACUUUUUUACUACGAUGAAAUUCCGAACGAAAUUAUGAAUAAUGUGGAAUGGGUCAGAGUUUUGAGAAAUGACUAUUGGGUAUUAAAUUUAUUUUAGAAUAGACGGUAAAGGUCUUAUCUAUUUCGGUCAAUGGAUAGUUUAUUAAAGCAGGGAAAUACAAAGAAGCACUAAUUGAUUCAGGAACUUCACUUUUGUACCUACCUGAGAAAGUUGUAUUAUCAAUAUUUGAGGAAUUAAUUUUAAGUAAUUGCAGAUUAUUAGAUGGUAAUAUGUUUUGUCCUUGUUCGAUUCCCAAAAGCGAAGUUGAUAACUAUCCAAAAAUAGCAAUGUUUUUGGAAGGGAUUAUUCUAGAAUUAGAUAUAACUGAUUACAUGAUACUCGAUUUCUCAUUUUAAGGAAUGUGUUAUAUAGGAAUUGAGGUAGAAUCUUAAAUGAAUCUUAUGAUAUUUGGUGAUAUUGUCAUGAGAAAAUAUGUCAUAGUGUUCGAUAAGCAGAAUAAUAAGAUUGGAUUUAAAGGGUAUUUUAACAAUUUCUAUAUUAGAGUUGAGAAAUUGACAAAUAUCAAAACGACAGCCAUCUUUUGGAUUGAAAUCUUUGGAUUUGGAGCCAUCAUCAUAAGUUGUUUAUUAUUAUAGAUGAAACUUAUGAAGUUAUGA